AUGUGGUAUUUACCUAUUGGCGACAGACUGAAGCGUUUGUACCAGAGCGAGAAGACUGCAUCAGCAAUGAGAUGGCAUGCUGAGCAUGAAUCAGCGGAAGGAGAAAUGUGUCAUCCUUCAGAUGCGGCUGAGUGGCAAAAUUUUCAACAACUACAUCCUCGCUUCGCCGAGGAACCCCGAAAUGUUUACCUUGGAUUAUGUACAGAUGGAUUUAAUCCAUUUGGUAUGUCCCGUAAUCAUUCGUUAUGGCCUGUGAUCUUGACUCCUUAUAACUUACCCCCUGGUAUGUGUAUGAAGACAGAGUUCUUAUUUCUUACAAUUUUGAACUCUGGGCCAAAACAUCCGCGAGCUAGUCUUGAUGUCUUCCUCCGACCUUUGAUUGAAGAGUUAAAAGAAUUGUGGUCUACAGGAGUCGAGGCUUAUGAUAUAUCCCUGAAUCAAAAUUUUAAUCUAAAAGCAGUGCUGCUAUGGACAAUCAGCGAUUUCCCAGCUUAUGGCAUGUUGUCAGGAUGGACGACACAUGGUAGAUUAGCUUGCCCAAUUUGCAUGGAGGAUACAAAGGCUUUUCAACUGCCAAAUGGAAGGAAGACGUGUUGGUUUGAUUGUCACAGGAGGUAUCUUCCGCAUGGUCAUCAGUUAAGGAAAAACAAAACAAGUUUUUUGAAGGGAAAACAUGCUAUAAGAGACUAUCCGCCUCAAUCUCUUACCGGUGACCAAGUUUUGUAUGAGCGAAUAAGACAAGUUAAUCCGCUGAAAACAUCAGAUUGCGGUGGAAAUGGUCAUGAAGUAAAACAACGAGGAUACGGAGAUUGGCAUAAUUGGCACAAAGAAAGUAUAUUUUGGGAAUUGCCGUAUUGGACAGACCUCAAUCUACGGCAUAAUCUUGAUGUGAUGCAUAUAGAGAAGAAUUUUUUUGAUAACAUCAUGAAUACCGUUAUGAAUGUUAAAGACAGAUCGAAGGACACGGUUAAGUCAAGGUUGGAUGUCGCACGUUUUUGCGACAGGAAAGAGCUACAUGUGGACAAUCAAGGCAAAGCUCCAUUUCCUAUUUUCAGAUUGACUCAGCCAGCGAAAGAAGCGCUUCUGAAAUGUGUAAAAAACGAUGUUAAAUUUCCAGACGGCUAUGCUUCAGAUUUAGCUAGUUGUGCAGAUGUACAAGGAGGGAAAUUUUCCGGCAUGAAGAGUCAUGAUUGCCAUGUUUUUAUGGAACGACUACUUCCAUUUAUCUUUAAAGAACUUUUACCGAAGCCCGUUCACUUUGCACUAUCAGGGAUUGGAAGAUUUUUCCGUGACUUAUGCUCUAGAACUUUACAACAAAGCCGUGUUCAAGUGCUAAAGGAAAACAUAGUGAUGGAUAUAUGUAAUUUGGAAAUGAUAUUUCCACCAGCUUUUCUCGAUGUGAUGGAGCACCUGCCUGUACAUCUCCCGUAUGAAGCUGAACUAGGGGGUCCGGUUCGUUCAAGAACAUUGAAUCAAUCCGAAGUGUUUCCUGUAUGGGUUCAAGAGCUUGUGCAAGCUUCUCAGGCGGACCAAGUUUGUUACAUCCUGUAUCCGUACGUUAGUAAACCAAGAAAGUGCUGGCUAAAUGUUCUUAAAGUUAAUCCAAGGGCAAAUAUUUUGGGGAAUUACAAGGAUAAAGAACCAACUCUUCUUCAACAAGAAAAUGACGACGAUGUGUCGACAACAAACGAAGAUAUCAUAAUAGAUAGUCUGGUGAUCAGAGAACAUCCAACAGAAGAAAUUGAUUUUGAUGUCGGAGAUGCCCAAGGAGAAGAUGAAUUUCAGUGUAACAUAUCAUCUUCGAUGAAGAUGAAUAUGAUGAGGAUGGGGAUGAGGAUGAAGAUGUAG